AUGAAUUAAACAUAAACCAAUCUAUCUUAAGUCAGAUAAAAAGAAAAAGUGUCACUCAAUGAAGGUUUGCCUAAAAUUGAUCCUAGAACUGUUAUUGAAGAACUUAAAAGCCAUUUGUAUUCUGAUGACAAUUUUAAAAAGUGUUACAUUAAUUUCGAUAUAGACUUUUCUCAGAUGCAGAAGAUAAGAAAUAUAGAGAAAACUUUUAAUUGUUUGAUAGAGAUAGUGAUGAAAGAAUUAAUUUUACAGAAUUAUAAGAACUAUUAACAUCAAUUGGUUAUGUUUAUGAUGAAUAAGAAUUAAGUGAAUUAUAUAAAGAAUUAGAAGAUUCAGAAGGUUAAGGUAUCAGAUCAGAUGCCUUAUUUAUCUUAGUAAGUAAGAAAAAAAGAGAAUAAGAUAGAGAAGAAUAAUUGAUUGAAGGUAUAAUAAUUCAUUUAAGUUUAUAGCAUUUAAAUCAGUAGAUUUAGAAAACACAGGAUAUAUUUAGAGUGAACAUUUUAAAGAAUUAUUGAUGACUAUGGGAUAUAGAUUUACUGAAGAUGAAGCAGAUGAAUAUAUGAAAUUUAUAGAUCCAAAAAAUGAAGGCAAAUUCCUUUAUAUUGACAUUGUUAAGAAAAUACUUAAAUGA